GCCGCCGUGCCGGGGACAGACAGGGGGGUUUACACGGAUCCACGGUUUAACACCGGCGUUGCGUCGUUACGUGCACGUGCGCACGUGUGCGCGCGUGUGUGUUUAAGUGUGCGUUGCCGUCGGUGAGCCGAGAGACAACACACUCCACAUCAGCAUCCGAGGAGAGACCACCUUCCCUGAGAUCACCAUGUCACACUGCGCUAAAUGUCAUCGGGUCCCCCGUUGGAGGACGCUUGCUCAAUUGUCACAAUUUCUUUCACGACGACGAUCCGCCGCGCGGGGAUCCGUUUUUCUUUUCCGUCGACUUACAGUCGGCCGGAAACACUCGGCCUCGAAAAUAAACUCGAAAGUACAGCUGGGACCGUUGAAAUUGCUCCGUCCGUGCAACGAUUCGAUCUCCAGGUCGCACCAGUUGCAACGAAAGAAGAGGAGCCCAUGGUACACGGAGGAAGAUCGGGAUCAGAUCAGAUCCUUCGAGCGUGCAACCAGCUAUUAUAUCCGCCGCCCGCGGAGGCGGGCCUCAGAUCCAUGUAGAGAUAUUUCGCGCGAGGCGGUUUCGCGCAUUUAAUUGACGGUGCUCGACGCUCGUCUACUAGGGGACGGACCUUACAAAAGUACAAUAUAUACGAUGUAGUUGAAUAUUGGAGCGACGAUUAGAGAAAGAACGAUUGUUAUUCAGUCAAUUCUAUUGUCAUCGUGUUUUGUAUGAAGGGAAUAGAUUAGAUCCAGCGUCGAAAUUCAAAAUUUGUAAAUAAUGUUUGUAAGAUUUAAUUCAUCCGAAUUUCAUUAUUCUGACUACUUCAUCCACAGCGAAAUACCUUACUCGCUUCCGCGAAGCGAUUACCUCGUCUCGGAGACCACCCAUGGCGGUUAAUCACGAUGGAAUUUUUCAAGCACCUGCAUGGUGUCCGAGGCAUCGGUCGCGCCGGCGUAUCUAGAACUGUCAAUCGCAGUAAUUCGGGACCGCGUGAUCUAUACACAUGACGGCAGAGCGAUCUGAGAGAUCUACGAUCGAGCCGGCGAUUAGAUAUUUCGAGGUGCAUCCAAUCGUUGCAUCCGCUGAUUGCGAGACUCGUAUGCAGAUUCCGAUGCGGACGCUACGUACGAGGUAUACGGGCUCGUGGAGAUGUGGGGGGACUUGGAUUGGCCGGUAUACACAAGGCAAGGGAUAUGAGGCAAGAAUUAAUAGGAAUUCAACGAGAUUCAAAACGACGAAUGAUUAUUAUAAUGAUGCUCUAGCAGACUAAUAAAUAUUAAUUACGCACCGUAAUUUUCAGUUCUAUUUUUAUAUAAAAUAUAAUGUUUAAGCUAUGACCUGGUAGGCGUCUUCUCGAUCACUGUUUAAAAAUUUAAUAAUUUAUGAGCCAGUAUAAUUCGACGUGGAUAAAUGAAAAUUCGUCGUGAAGAAAUCGGACAUAAAGGAAACUGAUUGGAGGAAAAUAUCAUCUUUUCCUUCGUUCAGCGUAAAUCUCCUAAAACACACUCCCGGAGUAGAGUGAUUUACGGGAGAAGAGAUGCCACUCUGAGAUUGAAGAGGCUUGUCUUGCCGCGAAAAAUAUUUUCAAUUUAACGUACGAGAGACAGAGAGAGAGAAAGAGAGAG